AUGUAGCGUCAUUUGGUUUUGCGGUGGGUGGGGCCUGUGAGCUGAGGGGAACGUAAACAGCUAACAUGCCCCGUCACCGCAGAUUACACACCUGCACCUGGUGUCGGUAAGCGUCAUCUGAUCUGACAGAGUAUUAGUUCUGGUGUGAACGCGGCGGUCAGCGCCGUAUUUCGGGUAGCCUCGGUGUCUCUAGGGAUCAACAGUUAACUUGGCUAAGUUAGCUCGGAGAGCUAAGUCGGGGCUGCUAGCUCAGGGAGUUGUGCUGGAGCAGAAAGCUGCUUAAUGCCGAGCCGUCAGCACCAUGGAGAUCUCAGGGGUUCCGCCAGGCUUCUGCUGAGGUCCGGUGUCUGCUGACUGUUUACACAACAAACCGAUAUAAUCCUCUGUCCCGGUUGGAGAGUGAAGAUUUUACCUGACACGUCUUCAGGCAAGAAGUCGACCAGAACUGUUUCAGCCUUUACUUUUUAUAUCUAUUUACUUCAUGAUGAGUGAUUUGACCUGUGCUGGGAACGUCAUGUAAACAGGAGCAUUUGCUUUGGCGACCCUGAUCAGGCGGCGGGCACACUGACAGAAACCUGGUCUCUGCUUACAAAGACCAGAUCAUCGGGGGUUGGAGCUUCAGCUGCUGCCUGUGAGUGUGAAGUCUGAACUUGUGACCACAGCGACCCUACCUGGCUCUGAGGCUGUGUUUCUGAUGAGCACCUCUGUGUCUCGAUUUAUUUUUUUGCACUUGUUGUUUGUGUAAAUAAGGAGCUGGUGUUUGUUGUGAAGCUGCCGAGCACUGUUUCUUCAGCAUCAGUCAGCUGAUGAUGGCGGAGUCCAGCCUGGAGCCGGCGGCAGCAUCAGACCUGCUGAUCGACCAGACUCUCUGCACAGAAACUGUCUCCAAAGAACCAAUGGUAACCGUGACGGCAGAUGGGCUGGGUAGUACAAUGGAGUCGGACGUCGGCACCCAGGUCUCGAGCAGCAACGAGGUCCGUCCUCUUCAUGCUGUUGUCCUGAAGGAGAAAGAGGAGGAGGAGGACACACCCACGCCCCCGGAGUCUUCAUCACUUUCAUCUGAAAAUGGGACGAUAACCUGCAUCACCACAGAAGAAGAAUCGGUGUCAACUCUACUCAGACUGAUCAAGACCGAAGGGGGGCAGGAUGGAGGCCCAGGUCUGGAACUGGACCUGGAGGAAAGCUCGUCUGUGGCGACUGGCAACGGAUCAGAGGACCGGCAGGAUUCCACAGACUCGGCAUCCUUCUCCAUCCCCAGUCUGGAGCUGUCAGAUGGAGUCCUGGCCACAGGAAACUCCCUGGACGUGGAGGAUGGCCUGUCCUCUUCCUACUCUGCUCUGGGUGUUGAGGGCUGCUCUCCAUCCACUGAAAUUCCUGGUCCCAAGGAUGACGAGACACUGGAGGUAGCAGGGGGCGCUGUGGCUGGAGCAGCUGUGCUCCUCCUACAGCCUCCACCUCCUUAGCUGCUGGCGCUUCGGAGCCUGGUCCAUCCAUGCCCG